GUUACAUUGCUCAGCAUUUGGAAAGAGACCGACACUAACGCCAGGAAAAUGUCGAGUUGAAUUCCCUCAUUUUUCCUCUUGAACGGCUCUUUAAACAGCGCGAGACUUCAUCAAUAAAAACUAGAAUGCCUCAGCUUGGAAGCCUGUUUACCCAGUUUAAUCUCAGCUCCAAAGCUUCAGAAAGUGCCCAAGGCCAGAGCGCACAUCAGACACCAACACUACCUGACUUUAUACAACAUGUCAGGAAACUCACCGGGCUGAGAAAAGAGGAUGUUUACAGCAAUCUGCGUAUCCCCGACCAGUUUAAAACCAUCAAAGACGACAUCAGUAUUGUUAUCCUCACAGGCCAGGGGAUCUUCUGCAUCGAUGUUAAACCCUGGAGAGGCACAGUGUCCGCUCAAAACCAGAACUGGCACGUGCAAGUGAAAGAAGAGGACCAAAACUUUACCAAUACCUGCAUUGAGCAGAUUGAAGAUCCCCUCAAAGCUAUCAUGACCAAGACGGCUAACUUAUGUGGCCAUUUGAAGAGGAGUGGAGUGUCUGUGCGCCAAAGCCUCUUCUUCCCCAGGGUUGUCUUCCUCUCUCCAGACUGUGAGCUGGAUGAGGAGCUGAGGAAGAGGAGGGAGCUGGUCUCCCACAGCCAGAUAGACGACUUCCUCAGGUCUUUCAGGGAGGGCUACAUGGCCUGGAUAUCAGAUGCACUGACUCCGUCUUGGCUCUCUGGUCAUCUGUCAUACAAGCAGAUGGAGUCAGUGCGGGAGGUCCUGAGGCGGGUGGGGACGUGGGAUCUGGUGCGUCUGCACUGUGGCGAGCAGCUGAAAGGAGACUACCGAGGCUGCCAGUACAUCGCUCUCAACAGACAGGAGACCGACACGCUCGAGUUUUCCAGAGUCAGGACCCUGUCAGCUGAUUCGCUGUGGGCCCUGCUCGGACACACGCCUCAGGUAACAGUUAAAAUGUACAAGCGUGGAUCUCAGGGCUGGCUGGGUAAAUCCCUAAACGCCACCACCACCAUCCCCUCUAACACCUCCGUGAUCUUCAGGAUCAGCGGGGAGGAAGCAGAUGCCAAAAUCCCAGCAAACACCAUUCAGAGCAUCACACUCAGCAACUGACUGAAGAAGAUAGCCAUCACAACAUGAGGAGAGGAUGCAUUCUUAAAUACAAGUAUGCAGAUGCAAAAAAAACCUCGAACCUAAUCACAUUUUUACAGAGUGCCUUUUACUAUGCAGUGUUUGUAUUUUGUUAAUGUACUAAAACACGAGUACUGAAUGUCUUUAAAUGAGCAUUUAUCGUUAAAAAAAAGGCAAAAGAAAGAAAUGAAAAAGGCCCAUUUGCCAAUUUCCCUGAUUCUCUGAUCCUCAGCAGCAAUAUUAUGUUAAUGAAGAUGGUUUCAGACAAUUAGCCUGAUUAACUUUCUCUUGUUUUGAAUUUCUAGGGCUGGCCCACACUUUACACAAGCCAUUAAUUAAUCAUUACACUGGCUGAUUGUGUCACAUCAGUUCAGGAUUGAAGUGUUUAAUGUGUUAAUUGUGGCGGUUAAAAACUGGUGGACUCUAGUACGAAGAGGGCCGAGCGCAUUACUGCCUGCACGGGUUUAAUGGGCAGUGAUUUACGGUCUGUUUAGACGGUGUAACUGUAAGGUGCUUUAUUAAUAUGCUCCACCACGCGGAGGAGAUGAUAACAUAUUCAAGAGCACACAGGCGCAGCCACCAGCACCAUUCAUAACUGUGUCUGAGUCACUUUCCAUCAGUAACCGGGCUCACACAGCUGCGCUAACAGCUAGCAAUUGUAUUUACUGUGCCUGGUAGUGGCCAAAAUGAAGUUAUUUCCAUCAAGAUAUCAGUGCCUUUAGCUAAUGCAAUAGAAGGAGCUCUCUGUGUUGAUGGUAUCUCUUUGCAUGGCAUCUCUCUACCUGAAACAUCAUUACACUCUACUCAAGCUCCUCACGUUUUCAAACGUCUGUUUACUGUUUUACCUGAGGGACAGAUUGUACAAACAGCGCUGUGUUGUUUGCAUUUGUACGCACACAUUUUUUAGACUCUGGCUCUUUUUUGGAUCUUACAUUGCUUGAAUUUAGGAAGGAUUUAUUGUUUUUGCAUAUUUAAACUUAUAGGAGCUGUAUAUGACAUUCAGAGCCUUAAUGUAGCAGCAGACAACUAUUUGCUUUGUAGAGAUGGGAACUGCCCAUUGUUUCAACAGCCAGAAAUUCAGAAAGCCCAAUUUGUUCGAUAUCUGUGCCAUUGGACUGAAAGCCCACGUCUACAACAGCCCGGUAUCGCAGAUACAAACAUCUAUUCGCUUGGAAGCUCUGUUUCUCUGGAAGCCCAAUCACGAUGAUGAUUCAAUGAUGUUGAAAGUGCGCCGUUGCAGGGGCGUAGCGAUCACCCACUAGUUUUCUCCCAGGUGAACAGUGUUAGCCCUAUCAGAAAUGUUACAGCUGUUAGCGCUGUUUAUUUAAUUAGCACCUUCAGCUGCUAGCUGCUAGCUCAGGCACCUCCAUGUUGAGAACUGUGCAGAAGAAAAAAACAAAGUCUGCACAAUAGAUUAUGCUCCCAUGAAUAUUUAAUAAAAUAACCGAAUUGACGUUUUGAGCUACAUGUUGUUUAUCAUAAAUUGGUCUAAAGAAGAGCAUGUAGCUCAAAACGCCACCUUGGUGGUAAUUAUAUUAAGUAUUCAUGGGAGCAUGAACUGUAUUUUGUCUUCUCUUUUAUUAUCUUUUGUCUAGCACUUAGCCUUUUUGUCGUCUGGAUGUGUGAAAUUUUUGAGAACUGUGUGCUGCCCCAUACUGAUAUAUGCUCUAAAUGUUGCAUACAGCUCCUUUAUAAACUGAAGAGUGUCCUCAGGAACUGAUUUAUUCACAGCACUUAACAAACAAUAUUGACAAUAUUAGAGAUAUGAGAUGCGAAAGAUUUAAAUACAUGACUAUGUCAUUCUAAAUGGGGGUGCAUGCCGGUUAAUGUGGAUGUUUUGUUCCUUUUUUUUUUUAAACUUCUAGCACUUUCAGCAUCAAGCCAACUCAAACAUGACUGUUAACCUCACUCGUUUAUGUAAGCAUGGUUGUUUUAUUCAUUGGUGUGUGUUUUUUAGUUAUGGUUUCCUCAAGUGUUUUUAUGUUUAAAUGUAUUUGUACCAUCUGGUGUCGUAAUAAAAAGAUUUGAUGAUUUAAA